AUGGCUAUCCCGUUGACAUCUCGAUUAGCGCUCGCCCCACCCGUUCUCAACGCUGCCCAUCGCGGCGGUCUUCUCCUGGCAGGCAAGGCCGCCACAAGAGCUCUCCGCCACUCGUCAUCGGUUUCCCCUGAAAGUGCUGGCGUCAAGCGACCCCCUCCGUCUCGCACAGCGCCCAAAAUCAUCCACACCAAGGCAACGCUCGAAGAGCCCUCUCUCGGGGAGAGUGCACUCUUUUUGAAGGAUACGGAGAGCGCUCUCCGGACACCUGGCCUGAAUUUUACGGACGGACAUGGGCUGAAGGGUCUUACUGGAAAAGGACGCCAGACACGUCAGAUGAACCUUUAUCAGGCUAUACGAGAUGCUCUUGGCACUGCCUUGGCACAAGAUUCAAAAGCAUUCGUGUUUGGAGAGGAUGUCGAGACGGGUGUGUUUCGCUGUACCACCGGUCUUGUGGAGGAGUUUGGAAAGAAACGGGUAUUCAAUACUCCCCUGACGGAACAAGGCAUUGCUGGGUUUGGUAUAGGCCUGGCUAGUCUCGGUGCAAGUGCUAUAGCAGAAAUACAAUUCGGAGACUAUAUAUUUCCAGCAUUUGAUCAACUCGUCAACGAAGCGGCAAAGCAACGCUACGCGAGCGGCGGAGCCUACCCUCCACCUGGAGGCAGCCUCACUGUUCGCGCUCCCAUCGGCAGCGUGGGCCACGGCGGGCUGUAUCACAGUCAAAGUCCCGAAGGUUUCUUUCUCGGAGCCGCAGGACUCAAGGUAGUCAUCCCUCGCUCUCCCAUCCAGGCCAAAGGACUGCUUCUGGCAGCUAUACGCGACCCUUCACCCACGCUUGUUCUAGAACCCAAGAUCCUGUAUCGGGCUGCCGUGGAAGAGGUCCCGGUGGAUGACUAUACCCUGCCCAUAGGUCAAUCCGAGACGGUAAAGCCUGGCACUGAUCUCACCAUUGUAUCAUACGGUACCCCUCUACAUAUUGCGCGGCGAGCAAUCUCUCUCAUACAGUCUCCGCCCCCAGCGCUACACGCCCUACUCCCUCCCAAAUUACGUGCUCCCAACUCCGCACCCUCCAUUCAACUUAUAGACCUUCGGACUAUCAAUCCCUUGCCUGUGGCGGAUAUUGUCAAAGCCGUGCGGAGCACCGGCCGGAUGAUCAUUGUUCAUGAGGCUGGCAGGAGCGGUGGAGUGGGUAACGAUCUUAUUGGAGAGGUUAAUCGAAGGGCGUUUGAGUUUUUGGAGGCGCCUGUGGGCUUAGUGACGGGAUGGGAUACUCCUGUCCCCCUCUCCUUUGAGCGGUUCUACCAGCCAGAUGUUAUCCGAGUGUUUGACAAGAUAAUCGAGACACUGUCGUAUUGA